AUGGGGAGUGGCACCCAGGUGUACGCGCGCAGCGGCCGCGGCGGCGCCGGCAACUUCUACUCGCCGCAGGAGCUCGCCGCGGCCGGCCAGCAGGACCUCGAGGCGCAGAGGCCCGCGGCCGGGGACGCCUACUUCUCGGCGCCCCCGGCGGCGGCGCCGGCGGCGGGGGCGUACGCGCGCUCGGGGCGCGGCGGCGCGGGGAACUUUGUCCCGGCCGGCAGCACCACCGGCGGCAGCGGGGUGCUGAUGGGGCGCGGCGGCGCGGGCAACUGGGCUGCCCUGUCCUCUCCGGCGCCGGCAGAGGGGGCGAGCCAGGGAGAGGGGGCCGAGGCGGAGACGGGAGGAGAGCAGCAACGGCACGCGGCGCUCGAGGCGGCGCUGCCGCAGCUCCCGCCGCGGAUCCAUUAUCCCCACGGCCCGGGCCGCGAGCGGAGGCCUAAUGCACCGCCGCCAGCGUAA